CAACUUUCUGGCUUCAUCAGUUGAACAAAGCGCCCGUUUGGUGGAAGCAGUGGGCAAGCUCCUCGGAGUCCUGGUUGCCUCGAGAGUCUACAAUUGGCCCAGCAGAUAGUGUGCUGGAGCCGAGCUGAAUGCGCUGCUGCACGCAGGAGGGGCGCCUUCCGCAGCAGCUUCAGACUCAUUCUAAAGUUCUCAUCUCAUCUGACUUUGUCAUUGCAGACCAACAGCAAGGAAGAGGCCGAAAAUAAGCUUCAGGAUUGCCCUUGUGGAAACAAGAGCGGUCCCUCUUGGCUUCAUGCGAAUUUGGCUCAAAAUGAGUUUAUAUGCUUGUAGGAGAUCGUUUCAGAGACUGUAGCAAAGCAGGGGACCCGUCAGCAGGUGUGGCCAGCAAGACCGAUGGCUACUCUUGAGGCUUUCCUGGAGCAGUCCGCCUCGUACAUUAGAGACACUUUGCCGGGGCUGCCAGCAUACAGUAGAGUCGCCAGAAAGCAGAUUGAGCAGCAGAUCACUCAGUGUCUGGAAAAGUACCGCGGCCUGGCCCUCCGCUUGGACAACUACGCCCCUGAUGGCAGCACGAGCGAGCCAACCAACAUGGCACUGUUGGCAUUGGAGGGCACAAUCCCUAUGAGCUACCGGGACAAGCUGUACAACAUCCCAGUCAGCAUCCGGCUCCCACAAGGCUUUCCGGUCUCCCCCCCAGCCUGCUAUGUUCUGCAAAAGAAUGGUCUCGUGCUGAAGCCACAGCACACCGUAGUCACCCCGACAGGUCUAUGCAACUUCUCGCGGUUUGAAAAAGCGAGAUGGGACCCCAAGCACUCAACCAUGAAAGACCAAGCGGACCUGAUGGCCCGUGUCUUUGGCAUGGAACCCCCGUUGUACUCUCCUGGAAGCGCAGCGCAGCAGGCGCUCGCCUCUGCCGCAUCUUUGUCUCCGUCCUUCUCGCUUCAAAAGCCCACCAUCGCACCUGUGGUUCCGGCAGCCGUCGCGGAAAGCAAACUAGCGGCUAGGCAGGCCUGGGAUCCGAAAGAACCGACCCAGGAAGAGCUGGCUCUUGCUCUCGACGUAGUGGAAACAUUGUUGACCAAACUAGAGGCUGAGGAUGCAGACAACGAAGAUGCCACGGACGAGGCGUUUCAAAGCUUGCGGGAUGAGAAGGUCAAGGUCGAAGACUACCUCAAGACAGUUCGUCGGCUCGCUCGAGAACAGUACCUGAACCGCGCCCUCUCCAGAAAGGCAGCCAAGCUGAAGCCCUUUUUAGAGGAGCGCGAUGCCAAGCUAAAGGCAGCAGAGGCGGAACGGCAUGCGGCCGAGCAAGCGGAGCAGGCGCAGCAGGAACAAGAGGCCGAGCGAUUGCGGUGGGAGGAGCAGGAGAGGAAACGGCAGGAAGAAGAGGGGAGACGGAUGGAGGAUGAAAGAAGGAGGGCGGAAGAGGAGAGGCAACGCGCGGAACAGGAGCGUGUGAGAGCUGAGGAGGAACGGCGACGCCAGGAAGAGGAGCAAAGACGGCAGGAACGGGAGCGCUACGAGCGUGACGUCAUCGAAGGGCAGCGGCGCAUCGCGGAGCUGGCCGCGCAGAGGGCCGCCCAGGAAGAACGAGAUCGGGCGGAACAGGAGCGGCUGUGGCGGGAGCAGCAGGCGGAGCAGGAGGCGCGGAGGCAGAAGGAAGAGGCGGACCGCAGGGUGGCGGAGGAACUAGAGCGGGCCGACCGGGAGCGGCUCCAGCAGCAGGAGCUGCAGCAAAUGCAGGCUGCAAAUACGGUUGGGGUGCAAGGCGGUGGUUGGCCCCCGGGGGGGGGGCAGUUCGGGCCGUACUUCGCCCCACCGCCACAGCCCCCCCACCUCGACCAUUUUCAACCGGUGUUACUUCCCCCACCUAACCCACCUUAUCCUCACAUGCCACCACAGAGUCAUGAGUCCACACCGCCUGUGAAUGGUGACUUCACCCCAGUGCCGGCCUAUCCAUAUCAACCACCCAAUCAACAAACACCUCCUCCCCAGCUGCUUCCACCCCAGCCUCAAUACCAGGUAAGUCCGGGGCCGCAGUUCUAUCCUGGCCCUUAUGCCCCGCCACCUUACCAAAACCAGGGGCCGGUUAUGCUUGGUCCCCCGCCAUUCCCCUAUAUGCAGCCACCCGGGCCGUACGUUCAGCCUCAUGCGGAGGGGGCGUACAUGAUGCCUGGGACGUGGCCGCCACCACCGCCGCAAGGUUACCGAUAACUUUGGGAUAUGUGAUCUAGUGAAGGGCACCGGCACUGGUAGGUAACUUAUAAAAAUGCACAGAUUAUCCAAGGUAUCGGGUGAGAAUGACUCGAAUGUGGCACGAACAUGGGCCUUGACGAUUUGCAUCAAUGUGUUGCUCUUGUGGGACUCAGAGCGAGUCCGCUCAUGAAAGUGAAAGCUUGUCCAAUAAAGAAUGAUGGAUCGAUAGAAAAGCAUACGCCGAUCCUUUUGAGCAACUGCAGCAGCAAUUACAUCAAGCGUCG